AUGGAGAGGAAGGGCUCGGCGGCCGCGGCCAAGGGGAACCCGAGCCCGCCCGCGGCCGGCGAGGCGCAGCGGCCGCCGCCGCCACUGUGCGUCCCGGGCGGCGGCGGCGGCGGGGUCCCGGCUCACGGCCAGGCUGGGGCGGCGGCCGAGCCCGCCGAGUUCAUCAGGCGGGCGCACGAGUUCAAGAGCCAAGGGGCGCAGUGCUACAAGGACAAGAAAUUCCGCGAAGCCAUCGGCAAAUACCACCGGGCGUUGUUGGAGCUGAAGGGGCUGCAGCCGGUGCCCGGGGAGCAGGAGCGGGACUCGCGCGCGGCCUCCCCGCCCGGGGCCCCAAACCCCGGCCGCCUCUCGGAGGAGCAGAGCAAGACAGUGGAAGCCAUCGAGAUCGACUGCUACAACAGCCUGGCAGCCUGCCUGCUCCAGGCUGAGCUGGUAAACUACGAGCGAGUCAAGGAGUAUUGCCUCAAAGUUCUAAAGAAGGAAGGAGAGAACUUCAAGGCCCUUUACCGGUCUGGUGUGGCCUUCUACCACCUUGGAGACUACGACAAAGCCCUCUACUACCUGAAGGAAGCAAGGACCCGACAGCCAACAGACACCAACGUGAUUCGGUACAUCCAGCUGACGGAGAUGAAGCUCAGCAGAUGCUCCCAGAGAGAGAAGGAAGCCAUGUAACAGCUGCUGCCGCCCCAGAGCCGGGACUCCCAGGCAGCCCCCAGCGAAGAGCCGCUCCUAGGUUUUGUUCCCUUCUCCCCACUUCCUUCGGCUGCCCCUCAACAACCUGUCUGCUCCCAGUGUGAAAAGAAGGAGACAUGCAGGUUUGGAACCUGGCAGGUUGCCUGCCAUGGAGACACCCCUUCUCUAGCAGGCCAGCUACUGAGAGGGACCUAACUUCUUCGGGGACAGCCGGAGAGGACUCUUACAGGGCCGACAGUGCUGCCGUAGCUUUGACUUUGGCCAGUGCUUCUGACAGAGGCAGAGCCUGCUGAGUGUACCAGCCCAACGGCAGCAGGCACAGAGCCCCCGGGCCGGACCCCUUCACACUUUGCCGACAGACCAGAGCAUCUCAAGGCAACCGUGACAACUCCAGGGAGGAGACAAACACCAGAAGCCUUGGGUGAAGCCAACAGACAGUGAAUUUGUACACUGGAUUCCCUGCCCCCAGUCACCUCAGCCCCUGCCUCCCUCCCUCCACUUGUGGUCUCGGCCUGGCUUUCUUCUCUCCCCCUCAGGGAUCUGAGACUGCCAGGAUUCACAUGCCAUGGAAGCCCACUCUCAGUGCCCUCUGGUGACCACACAUACCAUGCUCCCGGACUCCCACCCAGCAGGCAGCUGGCCACAGCAGAGCGGCAGGGUGAGGUGGGCCAAGGCUGAGCGCUGAAGCGCCGAGGUGACGGAGGGGAGGGGCGGUGACAUCCUAGGGGAAGGAGCAUUGUAUUGCCUUCAGGAUCGAACUGUGGACUAAGUCAGUGUAAAUAAAAAUAAAUUAACAGGCA